AUGUCCGAGUUCUUCCGCCGAGCGCUCUCGCAGCUGCUGAACGAAGCGGCCGUCAAGACGCUCGCCAACAACAAGUCGUUCCAGAACUUCGCGCUCAAGACGCACCUCCACGUCGAGAAGACCAAGGCGGUCAUGAACAACCUCGACGUCGAGAAGGUCGCGGCCACCAAGGUGCUUCCGAACGUCAACAAAUUCACCGAAAUUACAGAAGGACGUGCGUAA